AUGGAAGCGGCAGUGGAGGGAAGUCAUGCUCUGACCAAUGGCACGCCCUCAUUGCCAGCACCAGCUGCGGUCGACCCGCAAGCUGUCGUCGCAUAUCUUUCAAGCGUACUAGAAGUCACACUUGGCGCCUCACAGGCAGAUUUGGCGGGACCCGGUAGCUUGUUACAUCCAGACUUCUUCCCGGAAACUGUCUCACGAUGCCAACGAUUUGCGCAGGAAUCGCAGACGGCACUUUAUUUAAACAACGACGGUGUCCAGCUGCGCAAUGUCUACACCUUGAGGUCGGAGGUGUCGUACUCACCACAGACAAUCGGCUGCGUUGCACUUUUAAAGCGACCAUUGCCUAUCAUUUCCGACGUGUCAAUCAAUCGCCAGAUCUCCGUGAUUAACAUACCUUUUGCCACCUCGGCAUCUCAUACUGCUGUCACAACAGCACCCUACGAGAGUCUUCAUGCUAUUGUGCGUGGUGCGCUCACUCCGUUCUUUGAGGCCGCUGCUCGGACAUCAGAGCCUGCAAAUGAGAAGCUGAGACCAGACGCCGAAGCACGGACAGGUGUGUCUGGGGCGAGACGGAAGCUUGCAGAUCUCGAGCUCAGCCUUCAGAAUCUGCAGCAGAACAUCGAGGUGGAAGCACCAAGGCUACAGAUUCACGAAGCUGUCCAGGUGCAGCUUGCAGAGGCGGAUGGAAACUGGCAGACAGCGGCAAUGCGAAUACCGGAUGAGAUUGCCUCUGACAUCGUACUGCUCAAUAAAUUGCAAACUAUGGCCAAUGACUGGAUAAAGCAAAUUCGCGACUUCAGCCUAGUUGCGGAUGAGCGGCCUGUCGGCAGCACCACCCAGGAGAAGAACUUCUGGCUAGCAAUGGAGGGCGCCAUAGAUGGCAUCGAAACGCAACUUGCGGGCGGUGGCGUUCAGCUUACCAUGAAGAUCCUCGAGAAGGCGAAAAGGCACGGUAUCACAGCAAGCUUUUCGUCAGAUACGAAGCUUCGCGAGACGAAAGACCGCGUGCAGAAGUACAACACGCUGUUCCACGGCUUCCCCAUCGAGGAUUUACUCUCUGCUACCUCCGUGGAGAAGCUACGAGAUGCGUUGGACGAUGUCUUCCAGCACUUCAACAAGAAACUUCGUGUGUGCCCAUAUCCCAUCAGACGGGCACUGCCUCUGGUCGAAGCUAUCUCCGCCGAUCUAGACCUGCGAAUUCACGACCUGCUGCACGGGCGGACGCUCAUGCAUCUGGGCAUCGAUGACUUCAUGAGUACUAUAGCUCAGGUUGAGGAGAUCUGGGUCCUUUGGGACGAUGACCUCAAAGACUUCACCAACGUAGCAAGAGAGGUCACCCGUAGGCGCAACGACAAAUUCAUCCCAAUCAAGAUCUCGAAGCGUCACGACAGAACGCAGGACCGUCUCGGUUACAUCACGACCUUCCGCGACAACCACGAUCAGCUGCAGCGGACCAUUAUCGACGUGCUAAGUCCGGAAGAGGAUGUUAACGAUCUGGGUACCGUCACAGCGCCGGCCCCGGACACGAACGGGGCGGGCGAUGUCGAUGCUGUGGAAGAAAUUGCGCAGGCUUACCUUGCCGUCAGGGAUGUUGAUGUAUUGGAUACGUCGCAGGAAGGUGAGCGAAUUUGGAACCAAGCUGAAGCAACGUACAACGAGCGCACAGCGAGAGUCGAAAACUCAAUAAUCGCUCGUUUACGAGACCGGCUAGCGGUAGCCAGGUCCGCCAAUGAGAUGUUUCGUGUAUUUUCCAGGUUCAAUGCCUUGUUUGUACGGCCGAAGAUCCGUGGCGCCAUCUCGGAGUAUCAAGUCCAGCUCAUUAGCAAGGUACGAGACGACAUUGAGGCACUGCAGAAGCGUUUCACGCACCAGUACGGCCAAUCAGAGGCACAUGCCAUGGCGCAGUUGCAUGAUCUGCCUCCGAUAUCUGGCGCAGUCGUUCGAGCAAUGCAAAUUGAGCGGCAACUGAAUAAUUAUCUGAGCAAAGUCGGCGACAUUCUAGGACCUAAAUGGGAGCAGCAUUUAGAUGGACAGAAGCUGUUCGCGCUUGGCGAAGGCUUUAGGCGAAAGCUGGAAACUAAGCCCAUUUUCGACGACUGGCUUCGUGACAUCAGCAGACGUCACUUGUCAAUAUCUGGACGGCUUUUUGCUAUCAUUCAGAACCGGGCGUUGAACAAUCGGCUGGAGAUUCACGUCAACUUUGAUUCUCAGGUGAUCGCGCUGUUCAAGGAAGUCCGGAACUUGCUAUGGCUCAACUUUCCUGUACCGCAUGCGAUCACCACGGUUUCCAAGGAGGCUCGCAGAGUCUAUCCGGUCGCCGUGAGCCUGAUGGAGAGCUUGAGCACAUUCGCCCAGACCAAUCGUGCCAUUGACCAGAUGCCAGAUAUCACCAUUCUGCUCCACAGCUUCCGAAACGAGGUACAUUCUUUGCUCGCCAAAGGCACGUCGGUGCGGUGGGAUGCCUUUGUACUUGCAUACGACGCCAGUCUCCGACAGUCAAGCGAAGAGGGCCAAGGCAGGUUGGUAAGCGAUGAUCGGCUGCAUGCGCAGUUUGUUCGCAACCUUGGGCGAUCCAUAUUCACUCUGCAGUCCAAGACCUCGACACUAUACAUGAUACAUACUUCUAUUGAGGCAACGUUGCGCGAGCUGCAGACUUGUCUAUUCGCUAGCGAGGCUCUGCGUGGCCAUCUAGACAGCCUGCAACGAGCCAUUGAUCAGAUGAACAUAGAAGGCUAUGCAAACAUCACUUACUGGGUCAAAAGCACGAACGACAGAGUCAUCGAAACACUCUGUAUUCGUCUACGGCAGGCGUUAAAAGAUUGGGCCGAGGCCUUCGAGAGUGCGGAUUCUUCGGCCGAGACAGGGGACAGCCAUCCUUACAUCGCGACGUUCACGUACGACCUAGUUAUGCACAAUCAAGUGAUUCAGCUCGAGCCACCACUGGAAGACGCAAGGGCAGGUUGGUUGGAGAACCUGAAUGCCUGGCUUGGUGUGGUCUGCAAUCUACCCCGAGUGCAAGCAUCUCGGUUCGAAAAUGCCUUGACCGCUGGCGGUACCGUGGCCUUCACGACCUAUGGGGAGCUGCCGAUGAUGUGCAUGGAAAGCCUUGCAGUGCUGUACGAGCAGAUCGAAGCUAGAAUGGGCGCUGCACAACAAUACAUCGACGAAUGGCUGCAGUUUCAGGCUCUGUGGGAUCUACAGAUGGACCAGAUACAGAAUAAUAUUGGCGAUGAGCUCGAUUUGUGGCUACAACUCAUAUUAGAGAUUCGCCAUAAACGGGAUACUUUCGACACUUCCGGCAGUAAGCGAUCCUUUGACCACCUCAUCAUCAACUAUGAGCAAGUGCAAUCCAAAGUCAACGCCAAAUAUGAUCAGUGGCAGCAUGAUUUACUUGCGCACUUCUCCGGUCUUUUUGCGACGAGAGUGGUUGACGUAUUCGCUGGCUUACAGCAUGCGCGCAAGGAUCUGGAGAGCUCAUCAAUGCAGACGUCCUCUACAGCACAAGCUGUAUCGUUCAUAACAGUCGUUCAGACCUGCAAGCGGCAGACGAAGCUGUGGGAGCCCGAGAUGGAAACUUUCCGCCAAGGUCAGCAGACCUUGUCCCGACUGCGAUAUCAGUAUCCCAAGGACUGGCUCUACGUCGAGCAGGUGGACCAUGAGUGGACGGCGCUGGUCGAAGUAUUGGAACGGAAGAGCAAGCUCAUUGCUGAUCAGACAGACGCUCUGCGUGCCAAGAUCAUUGCAGAAGACAGUGUGGUCUUAGGGCGGAUAACAGAAGCCACCGAGCGCUGGAGUGAAGAGCGUCCAGUCUCUGGCAAUAUUCCACCAGCCGAAGCUGUGGCAAGCCUGAACCGCUUCGAUGGCGAGCUAAGCGCAUUACGCGAGCAGGCGGAGAUGGUGGCGAAAGCUAAAGAAGCACUGGAGCUCCCUACCAGUGUUGAUAAUAAUUUGCCUACGGUUCUUGAAGAAGUGCAAGACUUCAAGUCUGUAUGGGCUAAUCUGUCCAUUAUCUGGAGUCAACUGAACGAUCUGCGGGAUCAGCCUUGGAACAGCAUUCAACCGCGCAAACUGAGGCAAUCGCUCGACAACCUUGUCAAGACUAUGAAAGACAUGCCGAGCCGCAUGCGUCAGUACGCUGCCUUCGAACACGUGCAGUCUGUUCUGCGGCAGCUGCUCAAAGUCAAUCCGCUGUUGACGGAACUGCGGUCGGACGCUGUGCGAGAGAGGCACUGGACGAAGAUCUUCAAGAGUCUGCACCCGUCGAAGAGAUACUCUGCAAUCUCCAUGGCGCUCGGCGAUGUCUGGGAUCUGCAGCUUGUGCCGAGCGAGACGGUCAUUCGCGAAGUUAUCGUCCAGGCGCAGGGUGAGAUGGCGCUGGAAGAGUUCGUCCGCACCGUGCGUGAACAUUGGCAGAACUACGCGCUCGAUCUGGUAAACUACCAGAACAAGUGUCGCCUCAUUCGUGGUUGGGAUGAUCUGUUUGCGAAGUGCAGCGACCAUUUGAACUCUCUUCAGGCCAUGCGACACUCGCCGUAUCACAAAGAGUUUGAGGAGGAAGCAUCUGCGUGGGAAGACCGACUUAACCGCGUGCACGUACUGUUCGAUGUUUGGAUCGAUGUGCAGCGCCAAUGGGUUUACCUCGAAGGGGUGUUUACUGGCAACGCCGAUAUAAGGCAUCUCCUACCGGUCGAGUCUUCACGGUUCGCGAACAUCAACAGCGAAUUCAUGAACGUUUUGAAGAAGGUGUAUCGCAAUCCAUUGGUUUUGGAGGUGCUUAACAUACCCGACGUACAGCGUUCGCUUGAGCGGCUUGCGGAUCUCCUUAAUAAGAUACAAAAGGCCCUAGGUGAAUAUCUUGAGAAGGAGCGUCUAGCAUUUCCGCGCUUCUACUUCGUUGGCGAUGAGGACCUCCUCGAAAUCAUUGGCAACAGCAAUGACACACUGAGGAUAGCCAAACAUCUACGGAAGAUGUUCGCGGGCAUCUCCGGGCUAGUACUAGACGAAAACUCGAAUAUAGGUGGCGUAACAUCCAGAGAGGGGGAGCAGAUGAUGCUGAAGACAACCAUCUCUCUGACUGUGAUGCCGAAAGUGAAUGACUGGCUCAAGGCCUUAGAAAGCGGCAUGCGGGAGACGCUCUCUGAUCUGCUUGUAGAAGGUAUCACUACAUUCGCAAGACUAGAGUUGGAAGAUGCCGCAGCCUUCGAGAUUUUCAUCUCCGACUUUCCUGCUCAGAUCGUCGUGCUGGCAAUGCAGGCGUGCUGGACCUCGCAAGUCACAGCGGCUUUGUCAAAAGGACCAUCAAGUCUGCAAGAAUCCCACAGCGCCCUGGAAAGUCGCCUGGCAUACCUUGCCUCUACAGUGCUCCACGAGCACGAGUCAGUGUAUCGCAGAAAGUGCGAGCAUGUGAUCACAGAGCUUGUUCAUCAACGAGACGUCGUCGAGCGGCUGAUCGCUGGGGGAGCAGAUUCUCCGGAUCAUUACCUUUGGUUACUGCAGAUGCGAUACGACUACGAAGCGAGCGCUCCGCUCUUGGAGAGAAUGCAAAUAAGGGUUGCUAACGCGACCCUUGCGUACGGGUUCGAAUACCUAGGCGUCCCCGAGCGGUUGGUGCGUACGCCACUUACGGACCGCUGCUUCCUCACCUUGAGUCAAGCACUCUGUCAGCGCCUAGGCGGUUCUCCGUACGGCCCGGCCGGCACCGGCAAGACUGAGUCGGUAAAAGCGCUGGGUGUGCAGCUCGGUCGCUUCACGCUGGUUUUCAAUUGCGACGAUACCUUCGACUUCCAGGCCAUGGGUCGCAUAUUCCUCGGCAUCUCGCAAGUGGGUGCCUGGGGCUGCUUCGACGAGUUCAACCGCCUUGAGGAACGCAUUUUGUCCGCCGUAUCACAGCAGAUUCAAAACAUACAGGUUGGACUGAGGAAGAGAGCGCAGGAUCAGGACGCUCAGAUCGAGCUCAUUGGCCGGCAACUUAAAGUACAUCCGCUCACUGGCAUGUUCAUUACGAUGAAUCCCGGCUAUGCUGGACGCUCGAACCUCCCGGAUAAUCUCAAAAAGUUGUUCCGGAGUGUAGCCAUGUCAAAUCCAGACAAGGAAAUCAUCGCCGAAGUCAUGCUGUUCUCACAGGGCUUUGCUGAGGCGAAAACACUGUCGAAGCAGACCGUUCCUUUUUUCGACAAGUGUAGCGCGCGACUGUCGAAGCAGCCACACUACGACUUUGGCUUGCGUGCCUUGAAGAGCGUGCUCGUGAGCUCAGGCAGUCUCAAGAGGUUACGGCUGACUGCAGCCAAUGAACAGGCCGCCAACUUCGAGCCACAAAUCAUCCUCCAGAGCAUCCGAGAGACAAUAGCCCCCAAACUCGUGCAGGCCGAUGCAAGCAGGAUGGAGGAGAUCGAAGCCGAAAGCUUUCCGGGUAUUCAAUACGUCUCUGCGCCCCUAGAGAACCUCAGGGCAGCUCUUUACGACGUCGUCAGGGAGCGUAAACUCGUGGCCACGAAUGCCUGGCUCAAUAAAGUGCUACAGCUGUACCAAAUUCAGAAUCUACAUCAUGGCGUUAUGAUGGUGGGUAGUUCUGGCACAGGCAAGUCCACCGCUUGGCAAGUCUUGCUUGCUGCAUUACAUCUGGUAGACGGGAUCGAGGGUAUCUGCCACGUCAUCGAUCCAAAAGUCAUGAGCAAGGAAAGCCUCUACGGUAGCCUGGACAGUACUACACGUGAAUGGACAGACGGCCUGUUCACUAGCAUCCUCCGGAAAGUGGUUGAUAAUCUGCGUGGAGAGGACAGCAAGCGGCACUGGAUCAUAUUCGACGGCGAUGUCGACCCCGUUUGGGUGGAGAACUUGAACAGCGUCCUAGAUGACAAUAAGCUCUUGACACUGCCGAACGGUGAGCGUUUAGGUCUUCCGGCAAAUGUUCGAAUCAUGUUUGAAGUGGAGACACUGCGAUAUGCUACGCUCGCUACUGUCAGCCGAUGCGGCAUGGUGUGGUUCAGUGAUGACACUGUCGAGCUCAAUGUCAUGUUAGACGGAUACCUGGAGCAACUACGUACCACCUCUUUCGACGACCUGGAAGAGGAUGCGGCCUUGACCACUUCCGCAGAAGCCAAGGCGUCACUGCUCUCCUUGAUGGCGGACGUACUCCAACAAAGACUCACGACUAACGACUUCAUGCGCAAAGCCUUAGAUCGCUGCAGACCGUGCCAUCACAUCAUGCAGUUUGCAGAGAUACGCGCUCUGGGAACUCUCUUCUCCCUGCUACGGAAGGCCUGCCGUUCGGUUUUCGAAUACAACUUGCUUCAUGCGGACUUCCCUCUCAACGAUGAACAGAUAGAUGCUUACCUCUCGAAGAGAAUUCUUCUGGCCACGGCUUGGUCCUUUACGGGCGACUGUCCGCUGGCUGAGCGAAAGACCUUUGGCGACUAUCUCGCCGGCUUAAUAACCUUCGACCUGCCGCACCUAUCCGAUCAGCUGUCUCUCAUCGAUUAUGACAUUUCUCUGCCUGAUGCGACUUGGACUUCGUGGCAGAGCCACGUGCCUGCAGUCGACAUUAGCACUCACUCAGUCACACAAACUGAUCUGGUAAUACCCACGAUCGAUACAAUGCGGCACGAAGACGUUCUGUAUGCCUUCUUAGCCGAGCACAAGCCUCUUCUUCUGUGCGGUCCACCUGGCUCAGGCAAGACAAUGACACUCUUCAGCGCGCUAAGGAAGCUUCCAAACAUGGAGGUGGUCGGACUGAACUUCUCAAGCGCCACUACCCCAGAUCUCCUGGUUAAGACGCUGGAACAGUACUGCGAUUAUCGCAAGAACCUCAGCGGUGUCACGAUGGCGCCGAGACAGAUCGGUCGUUGGCUUGUACUUUUCUGCGACGAGAUCAACCUCCCAGCGCCCGAUAAGUAUGGCACACAGCGCGUGAUCUCAUUCUUGAGACAAUUGAUUGAACAUCGCGGAUUCUGGAGGACGUCGACGAAGAACUGGGUCAGUCUCGAGCGCAUUCAAUUCGUCGGGGCAUGCAACCCGCCAACAGACGCCGGUCGCACUCCGCUAGGCUUACGAUUUCUGCGCCACGCACCGCUCAUUAUGGUUGACUAUCCCGGCGAGCUGUCAUUGACCCAGAUCUACGGCACCUUCAACAACGCUGUGCUCAAAGUAAUUCCAAAUCUACGAGGCUACGCCGAUGCCCUUACCCAAGCCAUGAUACAAGUCUACAUGCAGUCUCAGAGACGUUUCACCCCUAACAUACAACCUCAUUAUGUCUACUCACCGCGUGAACUGACACGGUGGACGCGCGCGAUUUACGAGGCCAUUAGGCCGCUCGAAACACUCUCACUCGAGGGACUUGUCCGCAUCUGGGCACAUGAGGCGCUCAGACUCUUUGGCGAUAGACUGGUCACCGACGAAGAGAGGCAAUGGACCGACGCCACGGUCGAACGCGUCGCACUUGAAUGCUUCCCCAACGUUGAUCAAGGAGCUGCCCUAGAGCGACCAAUUCUCUUCUCAAACUGGUUGUCGAAGAACUAUGUGCCUGUCGCUCGAGAGCAGCUUCGCGAUUUCGUCAAAGCGCGCUUGCGAACCUUCUGUGAGGAGGAGCUUGAUGUACCGCUCAUCCUCUUUAACGAUGUUCUGGAGCACGUCCUGCGAAUUGACCGAGUAUUCCGACAACCGCAAGGUCACUUGAUUCUGAUCGGCAUCAGCGGCAGCGGGAAGACCACGCUCUCCCGCUUCGUUGCAUGGAUGAAUGGGCUUUCGGUAUUCCAGAUUAAGGUCCACGGCAAGUACUCUCCUGAAGACUUUGACGAUGAUCUGCGCACAGUCUUGCGAAGGUGUGGCUGCAGAGGCGAGAGAGUUUGUUUCAUCUUGGAUGAGUCUAAUGUCCUCGAUUCCGGCUUUCUCGAGCGCAUGAACACUUUACUUGCGAAUGGAGAAGUACCUGGCUUGUUCGAAGGUGACGAGUACGCGACACUCAUGACCGCUUGCAAAGAAGGCGCGCAACGUCAAGGCCUUCUGCUGGACUCACAGGAAGAGCUGUACAAAUGGUUCACUCAGCAGAUCGUGCGUAACUUGCAUGUCGUCUUCACAAUGAACCCGCCGUCCGAGGGACUGUCUUCGAAGGCCGCCACUAGCCCAGCACUCUUCAAUCGCUGUGUGCUUAAUUGGUUUGGGGACUGGUCGGAUCAGGCUCUGUACCAGGUCGCCUACGAGCUGACGCAGUCCGUCGAUAUUGACAAUGCCGGCUUCCAAGCACCGGACAGCUUGCCGGUUGAGUUUGAUCAGCUCGAGUUACCGCUGUCACAUCGCAACGCAGUGGUCAACUCAAUGAUACAUGUGCAUCACUCCGUGCGCACUUUCAACGAGCGCUUGUGGCGGCAGCAAAGCCGCAAAACCUAUCUGACGCCUAGGCAGUUCCUGGACUUUGUCGCCCAGUUUGUGAAGCUGUAUAACGAGAAGCGUGAGGAUCUCGAGGACCAGCAGAGACAUUUAAACGUAGGCCUGGACAAGCUGCGUGACACAGUGGACAAAGUUUCCGAGCUCAGAAAGAGCCUAGCAGGAAAGAAGUCGGAACUCGAACAGAAAAACCAGGAGGCUGGUGACAAGCUACAGCGAAUGGUCGCUGAUCAGCGUGAAGCCGAGCAACGCCGAGCGGCAUCUUUGGAGAUCCAAUCUGCGCUCGAAAGGCAGGAGCGACAAGUUGCUGAGCGCAGAAAGAUUGUGCUAAGUGAUCUAGCGAAAGCCGAGCCUGCUGUGCUCGAGGCGCAGCGUAGCGUCAGCAACAUCAAGCGCCAGCAAUUGACGGAGGUUCGAUCAAUGUCCAAUCCGCCAGCUGGAGUCAAGCUUGCUUUGGAGGCAGUCUGCACGCUACUGGGUCAUCGCGCAGUGGACUGGAAGAGCAUUGUCAGCAUAGUUCGCCGCGACGACUUUAUAGCCAGCAUCGUGAACUACGACAACGAGCAUCAGAUGACUCCGCAGCACCGCGUGAAAAUGAGGAGCGAGUAUCUCUCGAAGGAAGACUUUACGUUUGAGAGGGUGAACCGCGCCAGCAAGGCCUGUGGGCCUCUGGUGCAAUGGGUGGAGGCGCAGGUGAACUACUCUGAGAUCUUGGAUCGAGUAGGCCCUUUGCGAGAAGAGGUAGAUCGUCUGGAAGAAGCCGCUUUGCAAACCAAGGCGGAGGCGAAGAUGAUCGAGAAUACCCUUGCCGACCUUGAGAACAGCAUUGCAACGUACAAGACCGAGUACGCUGCGCUCAUCAGCCAAACUGAAGCCAUCAAGGCCGAGAUGAUAAGGGUGCAAUCGAAGGUUGAGAGAAGCGUGCGGCUGCUCAACAGUCUUUCAUCGGAGCGCAGUCGCUGGGAGGCGAGCAGCACGACGUUUGAAACGCAGAUGACCACAAUUAUUGGUGACAUCCUGCUUUCUGCAGCAUUUCUAGCUUACAGCGGACUUUUUGAUCAACAGUACCGCCGAGCUAUGCUCGAAGACUGGUCGCUCCAUCUCUCGGCGUCUGGCGUUGCUCACAAGAGUCAUGACGCAGUCUCGGAGUACCUCUCCACUGCGGAUGAACGCCAUCAGUGGCAUGAGCACGGUUUACCUGAGGAUGAGCUGUGCACAGAGAAUGCUAUCAUGCUGAAAAGGUUCAACCGCUACCCACUGAUCAUCGAUCCAUCCGGGCGCCUCAUGCAAUUCCUGCAAAGCGAGCACCGAGACCGCAGGCUCGUUGUCACCAGUUUCCUGGACAGCUCGUUUGUGAAGCAGCUGGAGACCGCUCUGAGAUUCGGUAAUCCCAUCAUCAUACAAGACGCCGAGCACAUGGACCCGAUACUGAAUCACAUUCUCAACAAGGAGUACCAGCGUACUGGUGGUCGUAUAUUGAUACAGUUGGGGAAACAGGCGAUUGACUUUUCGCCUGCUUUCAAGCUCUACCUCUCGACCAAGGAUCCGUCGGCUCACUUUCCGCCUGAUGUGUCAAGCCGUACCACUUUUGUGAACUUCACGGUGACGCAGAGCAGCUUGAAGACCCAGACGCUCAAUGAGAUCUUGAGAUCGGAACGACCUGAUGUAGAUGAGCGCCGUUCCAACCUGGUAAAGAUGCAAGGCGAGUUUACCCAGCGAUUGCGCCGUCUUGAGCGUAUGCUCCUUCAAGCUCUGAACGAGUCUCGCGGUAACAUCUUGGAUGAUGAGAACGUCAUCCAAACACUUGAGACUCUGAAGACCGAGGCCGCUGAGAUUACCACCAAGGCAGCUGAGACUGAAGGCGUCAUGACUGAAGUCAACACCAUAAUGAGCGCUUAUGCAAUCAUUGCGCAGUCCUCUUCUGCCAUCUUCGCCAUCUUGGAGCAGCUGUACCAUGUGCACCACUUCUACCAGUUCUCUCUGCAAUACUUUAUCAACAUCUUCGAAGCGGUACUGCGAGCGGCACGCGAGUGGCCUGAGCGAGAUCCUGCGAAGCGCACAGACAGAAUGAUCCACGACCUCUUCCGCAUGACCUACCAGGAAACAUCGAUUUCGCUUUUGCAAAGGGACCGCGUGACGUUUGCUGUCCUGCUUGCACAAGCAGCGCCGUUUCCUUUCGACAAGAGUCUCCUUGACACAUUGCUCGACGAUAGCCUUGAAGGCAAUGAUCUUAACUCAACACCCAAUAAGAGAUCAGAAGCUGUAGCCACAGCAACCCGCAUCAUUGCUUUGCAGGCUGUGGUAGGAGCUAUGGAUGAAGCUAGCUUGACCGCUUUCAUAACGUCUAAUCUUCCUGAGGACUGCACGCCACGAGUCGGAGACGAGUCGAACGACAAAGCGUUGAAGGACUUGCUACUGAUCAAGCUACUGCGGGUGGACCGCCUGAUUCCGGCCACCGAACGAUUCAUCAACGCCUUGUUCGGACAAGCCUUUCUCGAGGUGACGGAGGAUCUGGGCCGCAUAGCUAAAGAAACAUUGGCAAGCUCGCCAAUAGCGUUAUGCUCCAGUCCUGGCUUCGAUGCCAGUUACAAAGUCGAACAGCUUGUUGAACGCUCGGGAGCAAAAUGUACUAGCGUGGCGAUGGGUUCUAACGAGAGUGUUGCCAGUGCCGACUCGGCCCUUGCGGUCGCCGCCGCGAAUGGCUCAUGGGUGCUGGUCAAGAACGUACAUUUGGCGCCCGACUGGCUGCAAAACUUGGUCAAACGCAUCGACUCGUUGAAGCCAAAUGACGACUUUCGCUUGUUCCUCUCGAUGGAGACCAGCCCAAAGAUACCUUCUAGCCUCAUCCGGGCCUCUCGAGUGCUGAUGUACGAGCAGCCUGCUGGGAUCCGCGCAAAUAUGCGUGACACCCUGUCAUCUCUACCAGAUCAGGCGGUGCAGCAGCCGGUGGAGAAGGCUCGUGUGCACUUCCUGCUAUCAUACCUGCACGCUGUCGUGCAAGAACGUCUACGCUACGCCCCAAGGCUCGGUUGGAAGGGUUUCUGGGAAUUCAACGACGCGGAUUAUGACUGCUCAGCCUUCAUUAUACAGUGGUGGAUGGACAAAGUCGCCCACGGCAGGUCCAACGUGGCGCCGCGAGGCAUACCAUGGAAGAUGCUGCGUGUGCUUGUCGCACUGAUGUACGGUGGGAAGGUUGAUGAUGCUGAGGACAUGAGCCAGCUGCAAAUGCUGGCUGACCGGACAAUGACAGCUGAAGCAUUCGAGGAAGGAUUCAAUCUGGUUGGGGAAGUGGCAGGUGAUGCCUCGAUUGGCGUACCCUUGCCAUCUGGCACAACGAAGAAAGACUUCUUGCAGUGGGUGAAGGAGUUGCCGGAGCGCGAACCACCGACGUACCUAGGAUUACCAGCCAAUGCGGAGAAGUUGUUGCUUAUCGCGCACGCAGAGGAAAUGCUACGGAAUCUGAAGACGGUGAUGAAUGUGCUGGACGAGGGCGAGCACGUCAUGAUGGAAGCGGAAGGCGCGCCGUAG